GGGUGGCCGCGGCUGCGGGGCGUGAGCGGAGCCAUGGCCAACGUCAAGGUGGCCGUGCGGGUCCGGCCUCUGAGCAAAAGAGAGACUGCAGAAGGAGGAAGAGUGAUUGUAGAAAUUGAUGACAAAGUGGCAAAAGUCAGAAAUGUAAAGGUUGACAGUAGAUUUGAUAGCAGUUGGGACUCAAGAGAAAAAACUGUGGCCUUCAGCUUUGAUUACUGCUACUGGUCAGUUGAUCCUGAAGAUCCAAAGUAUGCAUCUCAGGAAAUGGUGUUCCAGGACCUUGGCACUUCUGUGUUGUCAGGUGCAUUUAGAGGAUACAACAUCUGCCUAUUUGCAUAUGGACAGACAGGUUCAGGAAAAACUUACACAAUGAUGGGAACACCUGCGUCCAUUGGGCUGACACCUCGUAUAUGUGAGGGCCUCUUUUCAAGGAAGGAUGAUUACUCAGACCAGACAGCAUCUUGCAGGGUAAAGGUCAGUUUUCUUGAAAUCUAUAAUGAGCGUGUCCGAGAUUUGUUAAAACAGUCAGACCGAAAGAAACCUUAUACACUUCGAGUCCGAGAGCACCCAGAGACAGGACCAUAUGUGCAAGGAUUGACUCAGCAUUUAGUUACAGACUACAAGCAAGUUGUAAAACUUCUAGAAGAAGGAAUAGCUAAAAGAAUCACAGCAGCUACACAUAUUCACAGUGCCAGCAGCAGAUCCCAUGCUAUCUUCACCAUCCACUACACUCAGGCUAUAUUGGAGAACAAUCUCCCCUCUGAAAUUGCAAGCAAGAUCAACUUAGUGGACCUUGCAGGCAGUGAAAGAGCUGAUCCCAGUUACUGUAAAGAUAGAAUUACUGAAGGUGCCAAUAUUAACAAGUCAUUAGUGACACUUGGAAUCGUCAUAUCCACUUUAGCACAAAAUUCGCAGAUGUUCAGCAGCUGCCAGAGCAUUAACACCAUCGCAAGCGAAGGGGAGAGCAGUCAUGCAGACAGUCCUACCACGGGCAGCGUCAGUGGGACCAGGCGGCCGGCUUACAUCCCAUAUCGUGACUCCAUCCUCACCUGGCUUCUCAAGGACAGUCUGGGGGGCAACUCCAAAACCAUUAUGAUUGCCACUAUCUCCCCUGCCAGCUCCAGCUACAAUGAGACCAUGAGUACCUUGAGAUAUGCUUCAAAUGCCAAAAAUAUUAUUAACAAGCCCAGAGUGAAUGAGGAUGCAAAUGUGAAACUGAUCAGAGAACUGAGAGAGGAAAUUGAUCGGUUGAAAACUAUGCUGAUGAGCUUUGAACUGAGGAAUUCCAGUCCAUCGUGGAGUGAUGACAGGGAUGGAAAUCUGACUGAGCUGGUCCUUCAGAAUGAAAUGAAGAUUGAGCAAUUGACCAAAGACUGGACAAGUAAGUGGACAGACAGGAAAGCCAUCAUGGAAGAAUACAGUGUGGACAUCAACAAAGAAAAAGCUGGAGUGACAAUAGAUUCUAGUUUACCUCAUCUAAUGGCCAUGGAUGAUGAUAUCCUCAGUACAGGAGUGGUGCUGUAUCAUCUCAGGGAAGGAACAACCAAAAUUGGAAGAAGUGAUUCAGACCAAGAUCAAGACAUUGUUUUGCAGGGACAGUGGAUUGAAAGGAAUCACUGUAUGAUAGACAACAACUGUGGGAUCGUGACCCUGCGACCAGUUCCAGGCGCACACUGCUCUGUGAAUGGAUGUGAAGUCACUGGAUCAUGUCGCCUCUCACAAGGGGCCCUUGUUGUCCUUGGCAAGUCUCACAAGUUCAGAUUCAAUCACCCAGCAGAAGCUGCUCUCUUAAGACAAAGAAGAUCAAUUAAUGAAACCCCACCCACUCUGAGUUGUGGAGCUUUGGACUGGCUCGACUUAGAUGGAAGUUGCACCAAUUCUCCACAUUAUGUCCUUUCUUCUCUUUACAAUCAAAAAUGUAGAAACUGUAAAGAAAACAAAUGUUCUCCUGAACUAAGCAGAGAAAUAAAUGCCGUGCGUGAAGAGUACAAGCAGAAACUGAGAGACCAGGAAGCUUUCCACAGAACACAGAUUCAACGACAGCAGCUCUAUGUUGAGGAUUUAAAGCAACAGAUCCUGAGAGGACAGAUCAAAGCAGAGCGAGAACUGGAUAAUGACCAAGCACUAAUCAACCAGCAAAUCCAAGAAAACCAGCAGUGGCUUAUAAAUGAGAAUAAACGUCUGGCUGCCCUUCAGCAGCAGCAGCAGAGGGAGUUUGCAGUGCAAACAGAGCCUACACUGUAUGCAGAGGCCGAGGUGCAGAGUAACCCUGGGGUGCAAAUCUGCCUUUCCCUGUUACAACAGAACAAGAAGAGACUGGUGCAGCUGGAGCUUUUGCGAAGAUACUCCUUAAAAAAGGCCGAAAGAAACAUAAGGAGGAAAAAGGUCAAAUUCCAACUGGAAAGAAUAGUCAAGAAGCAGAAGUUACUGGAAGCCAAGCAAAACCUAGAGCAGCUGGAAGCUAGCUGCUGGCUCAGUGAAGAGCGUGUGAAACAAUCCCAAGUCCUUAAUGACAAUAUUGCUGUACGGUCCUCUUCAGAUCACCAGUUGCAAAAGAGAUGGAAGUCACUGGGUUCAAGUUCCUUGCAGCACAGGCAGCAUUUGUUCUGUAACACACACCUGCCCCAGGUACCCAGCUGUUUGCUGAAGAGGGAGUCUGUGUCAAAGUUAUCUACCUCACCAUACACUGAUCAAUACUGUGAAGGCAGUACAACGGGGAGGUUGUCACCUGUAGAGUACCUUUACAGAAGUGGUGAAGACGUUUCUGAGAAUGAUGACCUUAAUGAUGACAAGGGGAUCUCCUUUUCAGUCCAGAGGCAGCUAACUGAAAAACAAAAACCAUCUUUAAUUGGACAUAAAAAAGUAGCAGAAAAGGACUCUAAUGAUUCAGCUAUCAUGGCUCAUAUCAAUAAAAAUCAAAAAAUUGAAAAGUUGGAUCACAACCCAGGGCAAGCUGGAUCUCAAAACCAGACCUCUAAAGACUCCUCUCCUGAUCUUUUUAAGGAGAAAGAUGAACCUAAAACCUUUAUUACAGGGAAAAGAAUGACAAAAUCAAAGGUGCUAGGAGAUUUAAGUCAGCCUCCAAGUAGCAAUCUAGCACAAAAUAGAGCUCAGGUAUCCAAUAAAAAGAUUAGAAUGGAUAUCAAUGGAAAAGGCUACAGGUCUUCUCCAGAAAACUUCCCUAAACAAAUGAAGAAAAUAGUGUAUGGAAACCCAUCAGUGCAUAAAAACCAAACCAUCAUGAACCAGAGGACAGAGCCAAACUCAGCCUCGCCAAGUCAUGAGAAAUCACCAGUGGAACAGAAAGAAUUUCUGGUGGCAGCCACAUCAGUAGGGAAUCUCACUAAGAUGAACUCACAGGCACCACUCUCUUACAUUGAAAAAAAGUGGCACAGCGCUGAGAUGCUAAGUGCUGGAGUGUCCAAAACAGCCACAGAUGUGCUGGGGAACUGGCAAGAGGAUGAUGAAAAUGAGAUUUCUGAUACAGACAGUUCCUAUUCUGUAGAUUCUCUCUCCUGUGCUUAUGCAAAAACUUUCCCGGAGAAACUGAAACAAGAAGAUUUUGACAGAAAUAAAUGUCCUGCCAACACAGAAGAUUCUGAGAGUGAUGACAGUCAAAUGUCACAAGACUCUCUGGUAGAAAAAGAAAAUAAAACCAAAAAGAAAAAUACAAGCCAAUUUCACAAGUUAAAGAUCCAUCAUGAGCCAGCUAAGCUUAACAAAAGCAGAACUGAGCACCAUAUUUCAUCUUUUGUGACAUCAUACGCAUCUCGUAGGAACCUGGAAAAGGCUGAAAGAAGCUUUUCUCUGGAUAGUUUAGCUGAUGGAGAAGAGAUGCCAGCAGAAGAUCUGGUAGAAGAAUCCAAAUCUGAUUCAUCUGAUGAAGUGCCAACAGAGAUUUUCUGGAAGUUACAAACUCCUAGAUUGCCAACUAUAGAGACUAAAGAAGACCAUGAGUCCAAUACCUGCAACAGAGAUACAGAAGGAACAAGUUAUGAUCUGAAGCUGAGCAGUUCCUUUUAUUUGGACACUAAGGCACAGCCUGCUUCCAGUAAUGCUUGCAAGCAGUUGCUGAAAGGGACAAAAGUCUCUUUUGUAGAACAAGAAAGGUGUCUUGAUAAAAGACUGCAUUAUGCAAGUGAAAAUCCUUUGCUCACUAAUGAUGUUUGGCCUUCCUGUGACUCAAAGGUUGACAUCAGCAGCCCCAGAAUAACAGCACCUUCUUCCCAUGAGAAUUUGGAAUUUCAGGAAGCUCAUCUGUGUUCUUUGAGCAAACCAGACCUUUGGCUGAAGAAAGAUGAUCUAAAGCAGUCAGCAGCUGAAGUUUCUUUUGUUUCUGGCUCUAAGCAGAUUCACAGCAUUACUCACUUAUCACACGGUGUAAACGAAAUAAACUCAGUUUUCUCCUCUGACACAUCAGAAUUACCUUUACCUGAAACAAUAACUGCAAGCAGAGUUUCUGAGAGUGGAUCAUUAAAUAAGAUUCUUAAGGAAUGGACAAACUCUAAUGAAAAUUCAUCCUUGGAAUCUCAAAAUGUAAUGUCCUCAUUUGUUAGCUCAGUAGGACCAAGUUCUUCUUUUGUUCCUACUUCCACAAAACAUGAUUAUUAUAAACAUUCAAGGUCACAUCAUCCUGAACAAGAACAAUCGGAUGAAUUAUCUACUUACGGGUCUACCAGUGAAUGCACACAAACAUUCAGCUGUUUGGAAAGCAGCUCCACUGCAGACUGCUUGUCACUGGUACCUAGGAAAGAGGAGGAUUCCCUCCCCACAACUCAUCCAGAGCUGCCAAAAGAUGACACUCUGAAAAAAACACCUUUUGUCUCCGUGUUGCCUGUGCAAAGUGUGGAGCGGAGGAAUGGCUGUUCACAUGCAGAUUUAGAAGAUGAUUUCUUCAGAACUUUUUCAAAAGAUGAGCUCAACAAUGACUAUAAUAACUUGAUGGCAAUAUCAAGUGUGACAGAUUCAGGCAGAGGAAGUGCAUCUCUCAAUGCACCUGCUGCUGAAUCUUCUAUGGGACUUGCUCAUAAUAUGACCUCAACACAGACAUCUGCAGUAAAACACAUCCAAUUUGGAAACCAUGGGCAGCUUUUUCCAAUACAAAAAAUACCAAGAUGUUGUGAUGAAGGUUUCUUUCUCACUGGUGUAACAAAUAAGAACUGCUCUCUAGUAAGCAGCUAUGAGUUUCAGAAAUUGGCUGGACAAGCAGAAGAAUCAAUCAGGUCUGGGGAGAGUGAUUUGGAAACAAUGCAAGAAAUGGAUUAUGAACAAAUAUCUGCAGAAGAAGUAACAACAGAGACAGAUUUUUCCUCAGAGGAGACAACAUAUCAGUGUCACCCUGCCAGUGCAAGUUACGACCAAUCUGCAACACCAGUAGAGAUGUCUGAAAAAGAGAUAAUCUGUAUGGAAACAAGCACAGAUAGCUUGGCAGAGGUUGUGCCAGAGGUGCCUUCAUUUAUGGAUCGUGAAGAAUACGAAUCAAAGGAUGAAGACUUGUCUUCAGUGAAUCAUUAUGAAUUCAAACACAACCCUGUUCCAAAGGAUUACUCCCAUGAGGGUGCUCGAGCAGACAGUCAGGCAAGUUGCUUAUCCCAGGACAUUACAGAAAAUUCUACAUUAUGCACUGGUAAUAUAAGAGAAGAAAGCAGUGAAAGCAAAAAACACAAUGCCUUGAAUUCUCAGGCUGUAGUUCAGAAAGAAUUUUCAUCCAAAUAUGAAAACUUAGUGGUAAAUGAAGUAAGUUACUUCAUAGUGAAUGUAAAUGGGAAAGACACCAAGUCUUUCUCUGCUGCUAUUUGUGAAACUACAAAUGAUUUUCUCCCAGAAUCUAAUGCAAGCAUAUUUUACAAAACGUCAAUGAAAACUAAUCUUUUCCAAAGUGCAUGUGAGACUGAAAAUUAUGAUAAACUGUCGGACCAUGUCACAGUGGUGAAAGGAGAUUGUAAUGAUACGUCUAGUCUUACUGUGGAAGUCAAUGCCACAGAAAGUUGUUCUGACGUACAUUCUGGCUGCCUUUGCACAACCUGCUCUUCAAAAUCAACAGAGCAGAAAAACAGUACACAUAAGACAGCUGACAUUUCUGUGGAAUUUGAUGCUACCAUUCCCUUGGAAACAGAAACACAGAACAAAUCUUUUCUUGAAUCAAGAAAAGAGAAAGAAACCUUUUUUGAAUGUGCUUGCCCAGAGGACAUCUUUCUUGUUGAAGAUGAUGUAAAUUCAGAGUUGGAAAGGGUAUUUGAAUGCAACACAAAUCCACCAGCUACCAUUUCUCAAGAAGAGAGUUCAUAUAUAAAAAAAGAAUCCAAAUUUUUAAGAAACUUAGAAACUGAUCCAGAAGAAACCAUAGCUCCUUAUCAGAAUACAGAGGCAAACAGUGAUGCAGAAAUAAUUAACCAAUUAACCAAUAGUGCAAUCAACUUAGAAAAAAAUGCGUUGGAAAUUAAAUCCAGACAGAUUGAAAGUUUACCUGACAAUCCAGAAGCCAAAGUUCGAAGAGUAACUGAAGACAUUAGUCUAUCUCAGAAUCCAAAGAAACCUACUGAUGUUGUAGCUUGUGAAGCUCAGUGUGAGUUUAAUACAAAUCUGUGCCUGAGGCAUGAAGAAGUGGACAAAGAUGAACUGCAGGAAGCCAGCACUGAGGUAGAACACAUUCAGGAAUCAAAAGCACUCCUGCACUCUGGCAGCCAACUUGAAACAAGCAGCUUUUGCCAAAGAGAAAAAAGUGAGAAAACAGAAAUACGUGUUUAUUCACCAGAGCUUUCUGUUGCUCCCCAAACCACUCCUUCAGCUGUGUGUUCCCACACAACAGAUAUUGCUCAGAAUAUUUCAGGGUCCCUUGAUACUUGUGAGGGGCUUGUACAGAUGAACAGAACAACAGAAAAUGUAGCUGCAACAGUACUAAUCACAAGGAGGCGAGCAAAUACUUUAGAAAAACUUGAAAAUGAAGAACAAAUAAGUUCUAACAAUUCAAUUGAGCAUUGUGUACCCAAUUGUUUGCCCCAGGAAGACAAAGUUAAUGAAUGUGAAGUGACUGGGAAUGAAAAAGAAAUUACUGUGACAUACACCGAGGAGCUGCAAGAAGACAUAUGCACAGAUGAAAAUGUUUUAUUUACUGAACAGUUUCCAGCUUUGCAUCAGACAUAUUGUGACAGAGAUGACAAAGAGGAGAGUUUAAAUCAGUUUAAGAUCCCUGAAAGAUACCUGACAGCUUCAGAACUAGAACAGAAUAUACUGUUGGAAGAUGAUUCAAGAUACCAUGAUCCUACUGAAAUAAGUGAAGAUGGUGACUCAGUAGACUCUGUUACAGAGACAGGAAAUGUAGUCGAUUCACAUGAAUAUUCAGUUGAUGACAGUGCUGGUAACAACCAACGUAGAACUGAACAAAAAUCUACAAGUCUUGACAGACAUAGGUAUACAAGUUGUGCUAUGCAAUCUCCUGAGCACAGCACUUCAGAAAACUUGAAUGUUGGUAUUGUUAGAAAAAGACCUGAUGUUUGUAAAUUGGAUCCAGUAGGCUGUAGAGUUGAGGAGGAGGAAGUGCUUUUGAUGAAGCUAGUACAAAUGGCCAAAUCAGACAAACAAAAGCAGAUAUUUGUAGAAAACACAGAGGAGGUAGAACUGAUCUUUUUAGAAAACCUGGAUGAACUAUUCCCUGAAAACAAGGAUAGCUACCAAAUGACACAUGAUGACAGCAGAUUAAAUGAAAUCUUAAGAAAAAGCCAGUGGGUGUCUACCAGCUUUUCUAGAAAGAACGAAGACAUCAGCAAGCAGCAAAAUCCACCAGCAACACCGAAGUCUACAGAAAAAAUCCAGGAACUUCAAGACUCCCCAUGCCAGUCUGUAAAUCACUUUUUAUAUCUUGGAGGAAAUGAUGAUUCCCAUCUUGUUCAAGAUGUUCCCACUGCAUCAAAAGGACAUACAAAACCAUCUAACAGCAGUCUUGGAACUGGAGCUGUUCUGCCUUACUAUGAAACAUUAAUGGAGAGUGAAGUCGGUGUCAGCACAUCUGUUACAGGCAACAAAAUGGGAGAAGACAAACAUCUUCCAGAUAAAACAAAGAGUGAGAGUGUAGCUUUCUCACAUACCGUGACCACAUCAGAAAGGCAGGAGGAAGAAUCCUUUGUAGUUAAAAAUGCACCUGAUCAUGCCAUAUCUGCACAUGUCAAUGAGAGCAGCUCUUUCACUUCCUGCAGUGCAGGUGGUCCUGAGUCUGAAACUGUUGUACUUCACCAAACAGCCAAAGGAAAAUUAUUUUCCUUGGAAAUAUUAGAUUCUUCUGAAGAUAUUAUUCAGGAUGCUUAUGAAGAACACAGUAUAGAUUUAAUGGUUAAUAAACUAUUAAAUGACUGUCUUAAUUCCAUGGAAGAUACACCUCAGGAGGAAAAGGAUACCAUUGUGCCUGAUUCACUGCUCUUGGAUAAAUCAAACCUGCUUUCUUCUUCAGAGAAAGAAGUGAUGGAAGACAUAGGGAUGGGGAAAAUGCAUUCUUUCCUAGAAAUCUCUACACCAAAAAUCUUUCACAAUAUUAAUAGAACCCAGAUAGUACUUGAGUCGGGGAGUUCAUCACUGCAUGAUGAGGAGGAGAAAUUUUUAAACACAGGCUAUCCUACAGCAAACAGUAAAACUGAAAACGCCAAGUUUCCUGGUGCAGCUGGAUAUCAGCACGAGCCUGGAGAAAAUCAGGGGCACGAAACUUCCGAAGAGUGCUGCACAGACCAAUCAGGCAAUGCUGUUUCUGAGCAUGCUUCAACCCUUUCAGAAGGCCUGAACAAGUCUACAAGGGAAAAUUCACACUAUAGUAAAGAGUUUCUAAAUUGUAAUAGGAACUUGGGUGCUUCUGAACAUUCUCCUGGUCUUCUGAAUCAUCCAGCAUCAUUUGCAAGUAAUUUGAUUGCCGGCAAUGGAGACAAAACUGAAAAUGAUGCUAUUCUCUCUGAAGAAACAAAAUACUUUGAAAGUGAAUCAACUGAUUUAAAUGUAUCUGUAACUUUUCCUGGUGUUUCUCAAAAAGGAGAUGAAAAGGAAAAUAAUUCUGCAGUGGCAGAGGUCACAUAUGCUCAGAAUAAUAAAAUCCCUGAAAAACUGGAAAGAAAUCAAAAGGAGAAAAUUAUUCAAGGUUAUUUCCAGAACUGCAAUGACAUAAAAGAAAAUAAAGUUCAUGAAUACUCAGAACACAGCAGUAACACUAAUGGUGUGACUGUACCAGGAUCAGGCUUGCUUGCUUUCCAGAGCCAAGGGCAGACUGGGAAUAACAAAUCAAAGUCUCUUUCAUCCUACUCAACAGAAGAAACUCCAACUGAUACACCAUUUCAAAGCUCUAAGAAUUUCAGUGCUUGUAACACAUCUUGUUUACCUGAGGACUCAAAACCUCUAAUAUUUAGUCAGCUUGGGGACUCACUUCAGGAUAUUUUUUUGACUGAGAAAGUGGCCUCCAGUUCUGCAGACACGUGCUCUGUGAAAGAAGAUUUUCCCCAAGCAUUUGCGAGUGUCAAUUACCCAUCCUUAGUGGCAUUUUCAGAAUCUUCUUUAGCUGCAGAUAUAGGCCACGGGGAAACUGGCACAUAUGGUAUUUCACAUUCCAAUAUAUUGAAACAUUCUCCAUUUGCUGUUUCUCAAAUACAAGACACUCAGUCUGAUAAGGCUGUUGUAUUUGAUGAGCCAGUAUGUGCUUCAGGAAGUAUUUUACUUUCUCUUGCAAAAGAAAAUAGGCAUUGCCCAGUGUCAGACACCGAGUGUAGUCCAUGCAAAAAUUCUGCCGUAGAUGUGGAACCUGUGUAUGGAAGUAAUCAUAAAAAACUUGACAAUGAUAUAAAAGUCGAUCAGCAUCACUGGGAUAAGGUUCUACCACGCGAAACUUACGCAGAACACACAGAGGAAAUAUUAAGUGAUAAUCCCCUUUUAUUACCAUUGUUACCUUUUUGCAAUAAUGAAUUGCAUUCAAAUACUGAACCUGAACACCUUGCAGUAAAGACAGAGCAGAAAAAAACAUUAAGUAGAGAACCUGAUGAAAAGCAAACUAAUGUAUCCUCAGAUUCUUCAAAUGAAUUAAUAGGCUCAGAAAUUACAGUGUUUGAAAAUCUGUAUCCAGGAGAUGUUGAAGUGGAUCCUGACCACAGCUGCAGUUCAGUUAGUCCAGCAUAUCCCACCCACAGCAGAAGCGCUGAUCUCAGGCACCUGUAUCACACUGUCUUGGGUUUUGAAAGAAACCCUGCAGAUCUGCAAGAUAAUUGUCAGCAUGUGCCUACAGGUGAACACAUAGAACACCUACCAAACAGAACAAAUCCAGAGAGGAGAAAAGAGAUUUUACCUUGCAAAAGUAAUACAGGUUCAAGUGUUGAUAGCCCUACUGAUGAUGCCAAUGUAGACAAUUAUUCAACAACUGGAGACACUAUAAUGAGGAAUAAAACUUGGAAAUCAGAAAGACUGAAGUUUUCUGUAAUAAGUAAUGAAACUACCUCCAUAAAGUUUUUGCCAGAGAACCAUGAUUUGCCUCCUCAAGAAUCUAAAUUGGUGCAAUUCAGGAGCAAAAGUUCAUAUUCUGCUACACAGAAUACGAAGAGCUGUAAACAAAGUGAACAGAGACCUUAUUUACAAAGUCACAGAGUAUCAGCCCCAGCUAUUGCUGUUUUCUCUGAUACAGAAUAUACUUUGGAAGCUUCAUCUAAGGCAGAUUCUUUGUUAUAUUCUGCAUCUAAAUCACUACAAGAUUUAAAUAUGAGUGUAGAGCCUCCAUCACCAACUGAAGAUGAUCUCUAUGGAAUUGAAAGAUUUUCAAAGCAGGAAUCAAAGAACUUUCUGAAGGUUAAAUCUAAACCCAGAUUUCAGCAAAGAAUGGCACAAACGAAGAAGUUUACAAACUGUGAUCCCAAAAAUUUACAAAAUUUUGCAGGAAGGAACCAAAGCAGCCAGUCUUUAAAAGACUGUGCUACUCAAUCUCCAUCAUGCUUACUACCCACAGCUCCCAGUCCUGUGGGUGCAGAAGUAAAUGUCGAUUCAAAGAGUAGUUCUGUAGCUCAGUGUAGCGAAGGGAAAGGCGAAGAAGGUGGAUACCAACCAGAUUUAAUUUCACAAGACAAUAAAGAUGUAAUCCACUUUAGUUCAAGUGAUAUCAACCCAUAUAUUCACUCAUGGCAACAAGAUGGAUCAUGCAAGAUUGGCUGGAAACAGUAUGUUUUUGGAAGUGCAAGUGAUGUCUCUUGCAAUCAAAUUCCUCUAAGUAUGGAAAAUCAUAAAGUUAUGAGAUGUUCCAGUGCAGACAACGGAUUGAAUUCUCAAAAUUCUCCUUUUCAUUCUCAUCUAAGUUCAUAUGCUACAGCAAAAGUUUUAUCAAGCACUUUAAGUAGCAUUGAAGGUCUUCAAGGAUGGGACAGUGCCAGACAAGACUUUCAAUCUGCAUACUCGAGUGACAGUACCAAGCAGUAUAGCAACGUAUCCACUGAAACUUUGGAAACUAAUUCAGAAAACAACACUGCUGAAUUUGAGAAUCCUUCUGCACAACCUGGUAACUCCUCUAUGCAGGUUGAUGAAAUCGUACUGUUAUAUCCUUCUGAGUCUGAAAAGUCUUCUAAAAAACUACCAGGGAUUACAUGUGAGCAGGGAACACAAACAGCAACUACAGGAAGGUAUAAAAGGCAGAGAAGACAUCAGAGAAGCUAUACAGAUGUUUCUGCAAAAAGGGAGGAAACAAACAGAAAUUUAUUUCUUCAACCUUCUUGGACAAGCAUGCAGAACCUGUCCAUGCAUCUAUCACAGCUUCUUCAGAACACUUCUGAGCUGUUGGGAAACCUCUCCCAACAGAGUACCAUAGAUAAUGAGCAGAAUGCCAAAAUCAAUCAAAGAGGAACUGAAGACGCUGUAAAGACUACCAGAUCAGAUAGUUGCACGCAGACUACAGCAGAUGUAGGCACUCAAACCGAGAUUUUGGAAGAACCUCAAAGCAAACGUGAAGAAAAACAAGUGGAGGCAAAAAUAGAAAAUGAAUCGAGGGCAGCUCAGGCAGUAAACAAUUGUAAAGAAAUUGGUGGAGAUACAGUAGGAAAGAUUCCCCAAAGGAAAGAGGAAAUGCUGUCUCUUGAAGAAAGAAAAAAAGAACAAACAGGGCUGAAAAGUCUGGGCAAUCCUGACUUCCACGACAGUCUUGACAGCAUUUUGGAAGACUCCUUUAUGCAUCUGCCUCUCUUAUCCAGAACCUCCGCACCUAUCUUACAUUUUCAGAAAACAAAAUUUAAUGCACAACAGAAGGAUGCUUUUGCUAGUACCAGGGUUUCAUCUCUCACAUCAUCUUUGCCAAGUUCAGGGCAAGAUGAUUCUUCGUGCACUGUAGUUAGCAGUCCUACUAAUAGCACCUCCUACUCUCCAACAUCUUACACGCAAGAUAAAAGAAGUGUCAGUGAAACAGAGGCUCCAGCAGAAAGAAAAUUUUGUUACAAAAAUACCCUACUAGUCGAUAGGGCCUCUUCCCCUAUUCUUACUCUUAGUGCUAGUCCCAACCGCCAGACCGCGUUUAGCAAGUCUGUCUGCCCUGUUAAGGAACGUCUUGGAUAUUCCAGUGUUGCUUCGAGUCCCCUUCACAACCAGAGAAAGCAGAGGGCAGGUCCACAGUCCAGCAUGCACUCACACGUAGACAAUUUUUCACAGACAGAAACAGAGAGUGAAUCAAGCACUUCUACAGAACAUCAGGACAUAAGAAAGAAAUCCGGAAGUUUCUCAGGGAAGAAAGCAGCCAAAGAGCUUUUAGGACAGGAUGGUUCAAAAGACUUGGAGCAAGAGCACAGACUGAUGGUUGACACCCACACUACCAUUUGUGCAAAGCGGCUGUAUCACUCUAGCAGUAUGUUGGAGGUGUCGGGCCACAGUGAAGUUGUAACAGGUGAUGUCAGAGACCACGGUUCACUGGCACAUUCACUCCAUUGUAUGUACGUUACGAGGGGAGGAAGAGAUUCUUCAGCUGGAAUUAGACAUGAGAAGUACAUUGGGAAUUCUGAUACUGCUUUGAUUCAUAACUAUCCAUCUCCAAAUGCUGAUUUAUUUUUUAAUCAAAAAAUUAGUGCCACCUGUUCAAGUAAGACAAAUGCUGGCACAUCCUCAGAACCUCUGGUAGAAGCAUCUUCUCUACAAUUUCAUGAUUUCUUCUGGAGGAAUGAAAACAGCUGCCCUCCCCCACUCUCUGACGUGAGUGAUGUGCAAACUUCCUUCCGAGACGACAACACAGGUUUUACCACUGAAAGUGAAUGUGACACUGAAAUUCCUCUCAACAAAAAUAGUACUUUUGCAAAACCAUACAGGCCUCGGAGCUACAGUCUCCGUGAUUUACCCGUACACAAUAAAUUUAGCAACUGGUGUGGUGUUAAGGGCAGCCCUCCUCCAUCGUUACUCAGCUUGAGUGGCAGUGUGGCCGAUUUACGAAGUCAGGCAGAAAAGAUGACUAGAAGCACACGAGCAACAGAAAUGGAAGGGAAAUCCCAGCUUUGUGACAGCAGGAGCAGAGAGAUCGAGAGACUUCAGCGAGAGCGUGCCCAGAUCAUGUCUGGCAUUCACCUGGACCUGCAUCAGCAUCCCCUCACAGUGGAACUGACCGAAGCAAAACUCAAUUACGGCAUCGGGGAAACAGACGCCCUGCUGAGGGUCCUUCAGAGCGGAAACGCAGACGAUACAGUGGCAGUUCCAGUGAAGCAGCAACUUUAUGAAAGACACAUGAGAGCUAUCGAAACUCUGAGGAAGGAAAGAGAAAAAAAGUUGCAAAGAUACCAAAGAAGCCGAAGUCUGAGUCCUCAAAAGCAUUUGAGUCUGUUCCAGCCUCUGGAACCAAGUCAGAGGGAUCUAGAUCUCCCUAGCAGACGCCGAGAAUAUCUGCAGCAGCUGAGAAGAGAUGUGGUGGAAAAUACCCGAGUUCAAGAACCAAAAAGAAGAAGCAUUCAGCAUCCUUCAGACAUUGAACUGUUGCUCCGAGACUACCAGAGGGCACGAGAAGAAACCAAAACUGAAAUUGCCCGAGCAAGGGACAAACUUCGGGAGAGAGCAGAGCAAGAAAAAAGGCGUAUACGGGAACAAAUAUUUUCCCAGCUACAGAAGGAAGAAGUGAGGCUGAAGACUCUUGCCAGUACAAGCACUUUAUGUACAGACUCCAGCCUCAGCCUCUCCUCGGGCCCAACAUCUGGUUACAAUAGCAGUAAUACUGCUACAUAUACUGCAAGCAACUUCAGCAGCAGGGAAGCACAGGUUUCUUCUGGAAAUACAUUGGUUUCAAGAGACACACGAGGUCGUUCAGCUGUUAGAAACAGUCAGCUUUAUAUGUUAGAGCAACUUCAGAGGGAUUCAACACUUGAAGCCAGCAGAAUUCAACCACCUCUCCCUUCUAGUAGCACCAGCUGUAGGUUCACUCAUGGUUUAACUAUUUCUGUCAACUCCUCUUCAACAAAAGGAUACCAAGAUUUAUCCAAACAUAUCUUGGCUAAUGCUACCACUGAGGUAAUGGCAGCAUGCUCUCAUAACCUGAGGAACCUCUACACGUGCCAAGCAGCAGCUGGGUGGAAAUACCAAUGUACAGAAAAAGAGGUGCAGGUGUACUACAAAGUCUUCCCUUCAGCAACAAGGCAUGGGUUUCUGGGAGCAGGAGUGAUAGAAAGACCUCUUUCCUAUGUGUGGGGACUAGUGAGAGAUCCUUGCAAAAGGCAUCUGUAUGACAGAUCUAUCAAUACAGCUCGAAUACACAAGAAGGUAACCAGCCACAUUCACCUGGUAUAUUUAGUGACUGAUACCUCCCUAUGUUACCUAAAGCAACCCCGGGAUUUCUGCUGCAUUACUGUAGAAGCCAAAGAGGAGAACUUGUCUGUCCUGGCUAUUCAGUCUGUCUAUGAUGCAUCCAUGCCUCACCCUUGUAAAGAAGCAGUGAGAGGAGAGAUUUUACCAAGUGCUUGGAUACUGGAACCUGACAUAGUGAAUGGAAGAGAUAUCACCAGGGUUAUUUACAUGGCACAGGUGGAUCUUGGUGCCCCGGCUAUCCCUGCAAGGCUCCUGAGUUCCAUUGCAAAGCGGCAGCCCCUGGUGAUUGCUCGGCUGGCACAUCUGCUUGCUACUUAAGUGUUUGUUUGGGACAAACAGGGACACUUCACAGCCGCUCACAUUUCACAAGGAGACAUAAAUGUCAGUAAAGGUAAUGGAAAAUGCUGACUCCUAAGGCAGCCACCACCUUCAGGAGCCUUCCUGCUAAUGCUGGACUAUACGGAAAUAUAGUUGGAGAAAAGGAUCAUUUGCUUUAGCCAAGGCUGCUUAGAAGAAAUGCAGCAAGUUCAGUUGGGAACCUCCUAGAGAUGGCAGUGGGAAACCUUCAUGGAACAGCAGAAAGGUUUGCUGUCUUUUUAAAGAGCAGAGGAAGAGACUUCACUUUACAAUAGCCAGCAUCUUUGAGUGUAUUAUUUAAUUUCUGUUUGCAAGCAGCGAUCUACCUUCUUUCUUUCAGGAAGAUUAGGCUGGAAGCAGUACACAUAUGGCCUGAGACUUUUUAUAAGUUCUUGAGCAGAGCUGCAAAGCUACUUUCUAAUGUUGAGAUAAGUAUCAAAUGCAGAAUUCCUAACUGUGUAGAUAAAUCAUUUAUCUUAGCUAGCUGCCUAUCCUUUCUUCCCCUCAAGAAGAGAAGUUAAAGCAGCGCAAUAUCCACUAGUCAUCCAACAUCCUGGAUAGAUUCUUCUCAUGUAAGUGGCUGUCUGCUUGCAGCCAGUGUUUGCAGUAAGGUGUUUCAGAUUGCCACUACACUAUGCAGCAUCAGUGGAAACCAACACACCUCAGGACAGUUUUACUGCACUGCAGAAUCAGGUGCUUUGAAAUAAAGAAACCAAACAGACAGUUCCAAACAGUGACACUUUGUCGUGACUAGGGUAAUACUCAGUAAUCAGCUUGUUUGUAGAAUUUAAAUCCUGCAAGUAAGAGUAAUUCCAACAUUCU